CACAGUAUUCCGGGCAGCUUGGCGGUGUUUGUAUCUGGUGCCGUUGAAAUACUCCAACAAAUAUUUUCUACGAUUCAAACUCAUUUGAACCAAAAAGUAUAACCCAAAAACAUAAAAUGGCAAACUUCGUGUGCUUCGUUAUCCUUUCGUUGGCGCUGUUCGCCAGUGUUGCUGUGGCGCGGCCGGGAUAUGCCCUGGAUUACUAUGACCAUCCCAAAUACGCCUUUAACUAUGGAGUGGCUGAUCACAGCACUGGGGAUGUGAAAUCACAACACGAAACUCGAGAUGGCGACGUGGUCAAAGGACAAUACUCUCUGGUAGAGCCCGAUGGUUCCAUCCGCACUGUGGACUACACGGCGGACUCCAUUCACGGCUUCAACGCUGUGGUGACCAAGUCAGGACCCACUGUUCAUGCCCAGGCAGUAGUGGCCAAUCCCAUUGUGGCCCACAAGCCCAUUUUGGCUCACUAUGAACCUCAGGUGGUGAAGCAUGUGGCUCCAGUGGCCCAUCAUGCCCCACUGGUGGUGGCCUCCCCGGCCCCAUAUGUGGCCAAGCACUAUGCUCCGGCGGCAGCUGCCCCCAUACACUACGACUACGAUGAUGGCUACUACAACCAGGGCCAGCAGUACGAGUACAUUCCCCAGUACGACCAGUACAACAGCGAUCACUACGGCCACUACGCGAGUCCCUAUGCGGGCCACUACUAGGAGCUCCCAGCGGAUUGAUUUCGUAGAUGUUUAAGCCCACUUAGUUGUACUCCACCCGGAAAUUCAUCGGAUUCUCUCAGUGUAGCUUGCAAAGGAACUUUGAGAUCUACGCUACGCGAUCGAAAACAAGGGGACACAUCAAGGUUAAUCUUACUUAAGUUAUGCAACAAAUUUGUAAAAUAAAGAUUCGAAAAAACUGUUUAAGUGGAAAUACAAAAA